AUGCAACUCUUAAUAGGCUUGAGCCAAUUAAUCUUAACACAAUUUUUAAUAUUGACAAAGGCUAAUAUAAAUAUUAGUGACCACAAACUGAAUGAAACUAUUGAUAGAAUUAUAGAUGCAACAAAUGGUUACUGCCAUUAUUAUGGAAUAUACAAUAGUAUUGCUGAAAAUAAUUCUAGUAAAAAGUCACAACUUGCACAAAAAAAAACAAAAAAAUGUGAAUGUAAAAGUUAUAUUCAAGUCAUGCUUACAAAUAAUUCAACAACAGUUAUCCUGUGA